UGACUUAAUUUAUAUAAAGGGAGGUUUGGUUCAAAGUAAUGGAAAGGCGACACGGCGGCCACGGACACUGGUAAAAUGAUCAUAUUUUGUUCUUUUCUUAUAUUAUGUUGUUCACUUGUUCAAUCUUGGGAAAUCAAGCCCCAAAGAGAUGUCAUAUCUCCCGACGGACAUAAUAAGUUAAGAAAAGAUGCAAAUCCUGAAGACGUUGAUAAUUCUCCUGAAAUAGUUACAGUGGAGAGAAUUAUAAAAUCCUCUGUAUAUCCACAUCGUAGAGAUGAUGGGGGAAAAUCUUCGCCGGUAUUUUCGCAUGUUGGGCCUGGAAACACGAAUACAACAAUAAGAUUGAAAUUCUUUAAAUCAGAUCAGGCAGGUAAUCCUUUAGAUUAUGAUCUCACAGAAGAUGUUAAGUCAAAUAAACAUCACUCACAUACAGAAGAAAUGUCACAGAAAAUUAUAUUAUACAAUCAAACUAAAACGCAAGACGAAGAAUCUAAAACAUCUUCGAAGCAUUUGUUGCAACAGUUACAUAACUUCAAUUGGCCAGUAAACGACGAAAACGAAACUGAUCUCAAAGAUGGUAAAGUAGAAAAGGCAGUACUAGUUAAUUUGAAAGGUGUAAUGCCAGAUGUUACAAAAAAACAAACAAAGAAAGAAGAAGUUGUCAAUCAAAAAGAAAAGGGAGGUAGAUCAAAAGAAAAUUUAGACGAGGAACAAGCGAUAUUAGAGAAGAUUAGAGAAUAUUUAGAAACGCGUGAUCAAACAACAACUACUGAAACACCAGCCGAUAAGCGGUACAGGAUAUCAGAACCUCAAAUGGAGUUAUUGAAAUUGUUGUACAAACUCGUACAAAGUAAACAAAUAACGUACGACUUUAUACACAGACUGAUAUAUCUAUUCCAUACGCAUGGCUACCAAAACCAACUUCUUCAAGUUCUAUUUGACUUUAUCAUUAAACAACUGCAAUCGCAAGGAAAUUCGGAAGAUCAGCAAAAGACAUUAAAUAAUCUAAUGGAACUCUGGAAUGUACUUCAUCGGCUACAAGGCAAGCCUCAGGGUGAUUUAGAUAAAAGUAAAGAAAUUAAGCCGGAUAAGCCAUCUUCUGAAGAUCCAAAAAUUUUAAAAUUAUUGCUACUUCUUGAUGCAAUCAAAGAGUCAAUUAAAAAUGGUAAUGAUGUUUUACGCUCAAAUUAUUUAAACGAAUUGAGAUCAUUAUAUAACAGCUUUGACAAUAAGAAUGAUUUAAUGAAAAUUAUCCAUAAUCAUUUGAUAAAACAACAAGACAAGAAUAAACCGCGUUCUGGGGAAAAAAUACCAUUAGAAAUUCCUGGACGUGAAACAAAACCAGAAGAUAUAAAUGAAGUUAUACAAUAUCUUUUUAAACACAAGGGUUUAGAUAAUAACAAGAAAGUUUUAGUAGAUCAUGAGAAAAAGAAACCAAGUUUAGAUAAGAUUGUAGAAGAAAAGCCGGAUAAAUCGCCACGUGAUGAGCCGUGGAACGCUCUUGUUGAACUUUUAUCUAAAAAUAAAAAAUCAUCUCCCAAAAAUCCUCACGACCUUCUAAUUAUGCAAAAGAUUAUCGAAGAAGUAGAAGACGAUGACCGUGUACCGGAAAAACAAGCAGUAGAUCCCAAAAAACGUAUGAAAAUCAAGAAAAAGAAGAAGAAACCUUCUAGGUCAGAUAAAAAAGAAAGUACUGAAAGAAUGUACCAAAUGCUCCUAGAAUUACUCCAAAGCAAUGAAAUUCGAAACAAGGAGGAAUUAAAAGUUCAGAUUAUUGAGAUGCUACGGAAAAUUCAAUUGCAGAAGGACGAUGGCGAUGAUGAAAGGGGUCAAGAUGAUCAAGGCGAUUUAGUUGCCAUCUUUGAUCUUAUAAAUAAACAAAAAAAUAAACCUGAAGACACUACAGCGUGCGUAAUUGGCACAAGUUGGACGAUUGAUUGCCAAAGUUGUAUUUGUGUGGCGGGAGGCGUACCAGUUUGCAAGAGGAUCCCAGAAUGUGUUAUAGGGCCAAAGCUUGACAAGCCAAUGCAAUGCAAACCACACUCGAAUUUCAAAUUGGAUUCUUGUAACACAUGUAAAUGCAAUAGUGUUGGCAUACCGAUAUGUACUUUAAUGGAGUGUGACGAGGCUGUUCCUAGAGAUUCUGGAAGCAAGAAAUUCAUGCCCGAACAAGAAGCUCUAAGGGCCAUCCUCUGUCCCCCUGAGAGGAAGACCCCAGUCUGCGCUCCCCGGACCAGCUGGCGAGGUGACUGCUAUGAUUGCGUUUGCGAUGAGGACGGUCAGAGACGUUGCAAUUUCACCAAAAAUUGCAAGUUUGUCUCACUCAGAAAGGGUAAAGUAGCACCUGCCAGCCAAAUAUCUUCGUAAACAAUAUAAGGAGUGAAUACCAAUUAUACGCCGAUAUGUUAAGAACAUUAAAAUGAAAUUAUAUUAUUUGUAUUUAA